CCUUCCUCUGAGUUAUCAUGUGAGGCUCUUCUCCCCAACAUGCUUCUUCUCAAUCUCUGUCAUGAUACAAGCUGACUCGAGUCUUCAACAUCUCUUUUUGUGUUCCACAGGUUUGGAACAGCCUGAGGUUUUAGAUAUGGACUACAUCAACAAUACACAGACAGAACAGAAAAACGGCACGAAUGUCAGCAGUGUGUUCACGCAUCAGGUUCUGCCUGUGCUCUACUCCAUCAUCUGUGCUUGUGCCUUCAUUCUCAAUGGACUUGCCGCUUGGAUCUUUUUCAGGGUUCCCAGCUCCUCAGCUUUAGUCGUUUACCUAAAAAACAUGGUGGUGGCAGACAUUCUGAUGCUGUUUACCUACCCGUGGCGUGUGGUGGGUGAUCUCGGUUUCGGCGGCUUGCAGUUGAAGCUGAUAGUUUGCCGCUACACAGCUGUGCUUUUCUACCUCUGCAUGUACACAGGAAUAACCUUUAUGAGUCUCAUCAGCUUGGAGCGCUACUUCAAAGUCGUCCGCAGCACCUCUGCUGUGUCUUCCAUUCUGCAGCGCGUUUCAGUAGCGAAGGCUUUCUCGUUGCUAGCUUGGGGCGUCAUGAUGUUCUUCAUGCUGCCCAACACCAUAUUAACCAACCAGCCCAUGCCUAAGGAUUUUUCCUGCAUGGCCCUAAAAAGCGAACUGGGUCAGCGCUGGCACGAAAUUUCAGCCCACUUCAACGUUGGAAUCUUCUGGGUGGCGUUCAUCCUGAUGGUGUUUUGCUACACCUCCAUCGCCUGUCACGUGUACCGCUCUUGCAAACGGGUGAAACAGGACAGCAGCGAGGCAGGACGAAGGUCAAAUCGAAGCAUCUUUAGCUUGCUGGCUGUGUUUGUCUUCUGUUUUGUGCCCUACCACGUUUGUCGCGUACCCUAUACGCUUAGCCAAAGGCCCGAGGCUGGUUUUAGUGAGUACAGCCGCUUCAUUCUCUUCCAAUUGAAAGAGACUACGCUCUUCCUGUCUGCUCUUAACGUCUGUUUGGAUCCUAUCAUUUACUUCUUCAUGUGCAGGACAUUCAGAGAAUCACUUUUGCAGAAGAUGUCUUCUGUAAACCAAGAAAACAGGAGGCCUUCAAUCGGCACUGGGCUGAGUAUCAGCAAUCUGUAAGAGAAAGAGCAACAAGGAAAUGCGCAUUGGCCAUUUGCAAGAUGAAAGAGCAGAUAUUACAUUUUAAAACCACAUAUCUAGCUGUGGUUUCCUUGCAAAAUGAAAGGUUCAAACUGAAGUGGUGUUUUGCAAAAA